ACUUUACUAGGACGACCUUUACCCUAAAACCCACGUGGACCUACUCCAGCUUUUGUGAGCACUAUUAUCACAUUUAUCUAGCUUACUUCAGACCAAGAGAAUGCCUCUAAAGAAAGUUGACAGUCGUAUCAAGACCCUGAUAGAGAAUGGAGUAGCCCUCAGACAGAGAUCCUUGUUUGUGGUUGUUGGGGACAAGGGCAGAGAUCAGGUUGUGAUAUUGCAUCACAUGCUAUCUAAGGCUGUCAUUAAGGCUCGUCCAUCCGUACUGUGGUGCUAUAAGAAAGAGUUGGGCUUCAGCAGUCAUAGGAGGAAGCGUAUGCGUCAGCUGCAGAAGAAGAUCAAGAGUGGGACUCUGGACUUAAAACAGGAUGAUCCAUUUGAGCUAUUUGUUGCAGCCACCACCAUCCGCUAUUGCUACUAUGCUGAGACCCACAAAAUCCUAGGCAACACAUACGGCAUGUGUGUUUUGCAGGAUUUCGAAGCCCUUACUCCAAAUUUGCUUGCCAGAACAAUCGAAACUGUUGAAGGAGGAGGUGUCAUUGUACUCUUGUUGCGGACACUUACCUCUCUGAAGCAGCUGUACACUAUGACGAUGGACGUGCAUGCGCGCUAUCGAACAGAGGCACACCAAGAAGUCACUGCAAGGUUUAACGAGCGAUUCAUCCUUUCCCUGGGCGACUGUCGACACUGCAUUGUCCUGGACGACCAGCUCAAUAUUCUCCCCGUCUCUACGCACAUGCUUCACUUUAAGCCACAUCCACCCUCCAACAAGGAGGAGUGUACUGAGCUGGAGGCACUAAGAGAGUCUAUGGCUGACACCCAGCCUGUAGGAUCACUGCUCUCCUCUGCAAAAACCCUCGACCAGGCAAAGGCUCUGCUCAAGUUUGUGGAAGCCAUCUCAGAGCAGACGCUCAAAUCCACUGUUACCAUGACAGCAGCUAGGGGGCGUGGGAAAUCGGCUACUCUGGGGCUAGCCAUAGCAGCAGCUGUCUCCUUUGGGUACUCUAAUAUUUUUGUGACUUCGCCCUCUCCGGAAAAUUUGAAGACGUUGUUUGAGUUUGUGUUCCAAGGGUUUGAUGCGGUUGGCUACUCAGAGCACGAGCAUUACGAGAUCGUUCAGUCGACUAACCCAGAGUUCAAUAAAGCCGUUGUCCGGGUCAACGUGUUCAGUCAACACCGACAGACCAUUCAGUACAUAGCUCCUGGUGAUGGGAGUAAGCUGGGUCACGCUGAACUGGUGGUUAUUGAUGAGGCAGCUGCAAUCCCACUUCCACUCGUACGCCAACUCCUCGGACCUCAUCUCGUCUUUAUGGCCUCCACCAUCAACGGGUAUGAGGGGACAGGGAGAUCCCUCUCGUUAAAGCUAAUUAGUGAGCUUCGUCAGCAGAGUACUGGACAAGGAGCAACAGGUCGUGCUCUGCGUGAGACCUCUCUCUCUGAGCCGAUACGUUAUUCUCAAGGUGACCCCAUCGAGUCCUGGUUACACACACUCCUCUGUCUCGACGUUUCCUGCCUCCCUCGAGUGGCCAGCGGAGCCCCUCCUCCUCCUGACUGUCAGCUCUACUAUAUCAACAGAGACACACUGUUCUGUUACCACAAAGCUUCGGAGGAGUUUCUUCAGCGUCUCAUGAGUCUCUACGUGUCCUCCCACUACAAGAAUUCUCCUAAUGACCUUCAGAUGCUCUCUGACGCCCCCGCUCACCACAUCUUUGUCCUUCUCGGCCCCAUCUCCGCAGAAACAGUGGCUCUCCCGGAGAUCUUGUGUGUGGUGCAGGUGUGUCUGGAGGGCUCCAUCAGUCGGGGAUCUGUGAUGAGCAGUCUGGCCAGGGGCAAAAGGGCCUCAGGGGACCUCAUACCGUGGACCAUAUCACAGCAAUUCUCAGACGCUGACUUUGCUGGUUUGUCGGGAGCUCGUGUUGUGAGGAUAGCCACUCACGCUGACUUUCAGAGCAUGGGCUACGGAAGUAGAGCUCUUCAGCUUCUCAACGAUUACUACUCCGGGGAGAUAGCCUCGUUAACAGAGGGGCCUCCCCCCAGCCCCGCGGUAGAGCCUACAGUCACAGAGCCAGGGUUACUGAAGGAGACCAUUGCCCCCCGGUCACACCUACCCCCCCUUCUGACCAAGCUGUCGGACCGCCCCCCAGAGGAACUGGAUUACUUGGGAGUGUCGUUUGGUCUGACUGCACAACUAAUGAAGUUCUGGUCAACCAAUGGCUUCCUCCCGGUCUACCUACGUCAAACCACAAAUGAUUUGACUGGUGAGCACUCGUGCAUUAUGAUCAGGACACUACGAGAGGGGGAGUGGCUACAACACUACAAUAAAGAUUUCAGGAAACGAAUGUUGUCGUUGCUAGCGUACCAGUUUAGGGAGUUUCCCCCGAGUCUAUCUCUGUCACUAUUGCAGAACAAACAUAGCAAGAGCUCGGAAGCCAUAACAACUGCUGAGCUGAGCUCUCUGUUCUCACCCCACGACCUGAAACGCCUCGAGCAAUACUCUCGUAAUCUUGUCGACUACCACCUGGUCAUAGACCUUCUCCCUGCAAUUUCUCGACUCUAUUUUGGAGGGAGGUCAGCGUUCAAGCUCUCAGCUGUGCAGUCUGCUAUUCUACUGGGUCUUGGUCUACAGCACAAGACAGUGGAUCAGUUACAGAAAGAGCUGGACCUUCCUUCUGGACAAAUCCUGGGUUUGUUCAAUCGUCUCACGCACAAAUUUGUGCAACUUUUCAAAUCGCUACAAGAGAGUGCAGUGGACAUAGCCACACCCACUGUGACUAAUCUCCAACCUUUGAAGAAAACCAUUGACGAGGAGUUGAGCACCUCUGCCGACAAGACAUUGGAGAGUGUGGACUUAUCGCAGUACUCUGUGUGUGGUGGGGACUGGGGGUUGACUGAUACCACGCCCUCUAUUGUCUCCGUGGCAAGGUCAGCUGAUCCUAUCAAGCGUAAAAUAACUCCCUCCCACUCCAAAUCAGUCAAGAAAUUUAGAAAGAACAAGUGAAACAGACUUAUUUUUUUCUGAAUCACAAUCACUGUGUCAUAAACUGAAUAAAUAUCGUCAUGGAAUCAUAGAUCUGUGAACAUAAA